GCGACGCGAUGGAAGCUCUGUGUGUGCAGCCUGGGGAUCCUCCUCCUGGUGCCAUGUGCUCUCGCUGAGGAGGUCUCCCUGUAUGACUUUUCACACCCCAUAGUAGGGGUAGUUGGCCAGGAUGUGGUGUUACCCUGCCAGCUCUCACCCCCAGCACAGCUGCCGAAGAUGGAUGUGCAGUGGAGGAGAAUUGAACGAGAAUUUAGCUUGGUUCAUGAAUACAUGAGUGACGGCACCCAGGACUUGCCAGGGAAGGAUUACCAAAACCGGACGGAGAUGUUCCCACAGGAGUUCAGCAGUGGGAACGUCUCCCUGAAGUUGAAACGAAUCCAAAUGUCUGAUGAUGGGCAAUACUGGUGCUUAGUGAGGAACCCAGAGCGGAGCCUGGAAUCUACCACUGAUCUACGGGUGGCAGCUGUGGCUCCGGUGUUCAUUGACGUGCUGGGCCCCCAGGGCCAGGGGAUCGGUUUGGUCUGUCGAUCUACAGGCUGGUUCCCCAAACCUGAACUCCAGUGGGUGGGAAAGAAUUGGCAGAACCAGGCAAUGGAGUCUGUGACCAACAUGACUCAGGAAAGGGAGAACCUGUACAGUGUUGUGAGUCACGUCACUGUCACAGAAGGAGAAGACACUGGAGACAUCAGCUGCAUUGUGCAGAAUGGCCUGGUGAAGACAGAUCGACAAUCGGCCAUUCGCCUCUCCGGUGACGUCUUCCCUCGGGUGUCUCCCUGGCUGUCUGCAUUCUGGGCAUUGUUCUCUCUGGUUCUCGUUGCUGCUGGAGUUUGUGCAUAUCGUGAAUACACAGGCAAGCGAAAGGCCUCCCAGAGGAAAAGAUCUAGAGAGAUGUUUCUAUCACAACUUGAAGCUGAGAAGGAGACCAUGAAAACAGAGUGCCAGGAGCUGUGUGAGAGGCUUGCCAGGGAGGUUGCAGAGCUAGGUUUCAGGAGGGCUCGGAGCUGCAUGGUUCCCAUCACCCUGGAUCAAACUUGUAAACACCCCCAACUCCUCCUGUCUCUAGAUGGCAGAACAGUCCUUCACAAACCCGCUUUCCAAGGGCUGGCUGCCUCAUCUGAGCCCCUCGUUGCUGUGGGGAGUCAGGGGUUUGAUGAUAAGGAGGCAGGGACUCACCGGGGGUACUGGGAGGUGGAGGUGGGGGACAGCCCAGAUUGGAAGCUGGGGGUGCUGAGUAAGACUGUGAGGGAGAACGGGAAGAAAUCAGCAGAGGGCAUCUGUGAGAGGAAGUUUCCAAAAGCUCCUUCCCAUGAAGCUGCUCCCGAAGAGGCAACAGGGGGAUCAAACAAAGCAAGAGCAUCUGCCACUGGAAACACCCCCAAAGAGAAGGAGGGAAAGAAACACCAGAACGCCCAGGUUUGA